AUGGGGAGAGGACCACCAUCUGAAACACCAUGCCAAAUAUGUGGUGACAAAUCAUAUGGUAGACAUUAUGGAAUUUAUGCUUGUGAUGGCUGUGGAUAUAACAAUUGUCCUGUUGACAAAACUCGUCGAAAUUGGUGUCCAGCAUGUAGAUUAAGAAAAUGUUAUGAUUUACAAAUGAAUAAAGCAGCUGUUCAAAAAGAAAGAGGACCAAGAAAGGGAAGAAAAAAAUUUUUUUUUAAUUUUGAUGGUUCUAUAUUUAAAAAUUAUAUAACAAGAAAUAUUUAUUCAUUGAUAUUUGAAGCACUGGAAUUUGUAAAAAAAUUACCUCCAAUUGCAAUUCUUGACAAUAAUCAGUCUUCUUUAAUAAUAGAAAAAUGUUGGAGAUUAUUUUCAUUAUUAUAUUGUUUUAAUAACAAAACUUCUAUAAAAUUCCCUGAAGCUAAGUAUAUUUUAGCAAAAUUUUUCCCUCAUGAGACUCACGUCACAGUUAAUGAUGAAGAAUUACGUAUAAUAUAUUGUUUAUUAUUAUGUAAACUUAGUCAAAAAAUUUCAAUUUUAAUGUUUGUUGCUCCAAUGUAUGCAUCAUAUAAUGUAGCAUUAUUUAAUUAUUCAAUUACUUAUUAUAAAUCAGAUAUUCAACGUUUACUCAAGAUCAAUUUAAUUAUUGACUAUAUUUCUCAAAAUUAUGAACAUGGAAUAUUUAAUAAAGAAUUUGAUAAAAUAUGUGACAUAAUUCCUGAUAUACCAAUAAUUAAUUACCUAAAAUAA